AUGAAGUAUCUGGUGGAGGUGGAGAAGGGGGCGGAGGCAAAGGACGGCCGGCCUUCCGUGGGCCCCGCUUACCGGAGUGUAUUCGCCAAGGAUGGGUUCCCACCCCCAGUCGAGGGUGUGGAGACCUGCUGGGAUAUUUUCCGGUGAGUACAUAGCGUAGUUUGGUUUCCGACCACUGGGGUUGUCGUCAAUUGAAACAGAAGGGAAAUUCCGAUUUUCCCAUAGUUUUUCGUUUAUGCCUCAAAGUAGCUUUCAUCUCUUUUUUCCAUCUUGUAAUCUUUAUGCAUGCAUCUCCAUAGAUUGGCGAUCUCUGAAACUGGGAGAGAAUUAAAAAUCGUCCACAUCCUGUGGACUGUAAAUUUGAAAUAAUAUCAUCGGGUGAUUGUUUUAAUCCUCAUAUCUUCUCUGUUUAGCGAAAAAAAGUUAUUUUUUUCUUUUUCUAGGUCCAUUUCUCAAUCGGUGAUCAGACAUUUCUGCCGGCAAAACUAGAUGAUUAGGCUCCUUGAUGAACAUAUUACUUACUGUGUGUUCUACAAGUCACUCUCGUCGCCCCAUUUAGAACGUAUAAAGAAGAAAUUAAGCUUGAAAUACCAAGUUGUGGUUGCACCUUAUGGUAACAGUUGAUGAUUUUCAGCACCUCUGCUAUGAAGUAUCCCGAGAACCGAAUGCUUGGUCGUCGUGAGAUUAUAAACGGCAAGGUGACUGCCUGAACCUCUCUUUUUGGCUAUCUCUUUGAAUAUUUCUAUGAUCCCGGAAAUGGAAUCUGAAUGCACUGUGUAGGCAGGGAAAUACCUCUGGCUGACUUACAAAGAAGUUUACGAUCUUGUGAUGAAGAUUGGGACAUCGAUUCGCAGCUGUGGAGUAUAUCAGGUCGGUUGGCUUAUAUCCACUGUGCACUGGUAGCUCUGUGCUUUCGUUUCUCUCUUAUUCCACUUGGUUCAUAACCUACUCAUAUGCAGGGAGGUCGAUGUGGUAUUUAUGGUGCCAAUUGUCCUGAGUGGAUCAUGAGUAUGGAGGUAUUUUUCUGAAAAUCUUUGGGAAGUUGAAGAUAGUCUUAAGGAGAUAAGGUUUGCUCAUUAUGCACGCAUUAUUACCUGUUCUCUCAUGAUUCAUCUACAUUUCCAUGCAGGCUUGCAAUGCUCAUGGGAUUUAUUGCGUUCCCUUGUAUGACACACUUGGUAUGCAUCCUCCUAUUUUCUUGAUGAGUGAACCCAUUAAAACUUAUAUACCAUGCAUCUUAUUCGUCAGAAAUUCUGGAAAUAAGCUCACACUACGUAUGAGACAAGGAAAACAACCACUUAUAAGAAGACAUCGGUAAUCUAUGGCAAAAAUUGAAUCAGUUCUUUUGACUUGUGCCUAAUCUAGUACUUGGAGUGAUGGGUUUGUUGCCAAAAAGUUUUAUGAGCAUUGCUCUCAGCAACGUUUCCAAUAAAUUGAAUGCGUCAAAUUUUUACCUUAAUUUUACCUAUGAGCGGAGAUACGAAGGCUCUCAUCUGUAAAAGUGCUUGUGCACAAAGCCAGACAGUGUUGGAGAGUUUGAGGGCGGAAAGUUUGAUAGAAGAAAACUUCAGGGUCUUGUUUGAAUCAUUGGAAUCGGGAGCUUCUAUCUUUCUUUCUUGGGAAAUAUCUAAUAAUUAUGUAAGAGUCAUCCUGGACUUUACAUCUUAUUAUGUUGGAGGUUAUUAGGGAAAGGCAUUAGAAAGAGAAGCUUUCAUUAGGAAGCCACGACAGUAACCAAAUUCUUUUGACGACCAAGAUAUGAUGAAUGACGGAUUUUUUUGGUGGGAUAUUGGCCCAUUCUUGACAACCAGCUUUGGGCCUAGAUUUUGCGUCUGUUUGAGGGCAGAAGCACAAUUUUUCAAUUAUCAUGUAUGUGAGUCUGAUUGAUCGCGUUCUGAUUUUUUUUGCUGUUCUUUGAGUUUGUUUAAUGGUCAAGUCGGACCAAAUGCUUGAACACAUAUUUUCCUAUGAGUAAUUUCUUUCAUUUAGUAUUGAGCAUCCCCUGGGGUGAAUCAUUUUAUGGCCGAAAAAAAUUGCUUCUGUAUAAUGUUCUUUUCUUUUCUGUAGGUGCUGGUGUAGUUGAAUUUAUCAUAUGUCACGCGGAGGUUUCCAUUGUUUUUGUUGAAGAAAAAAAGAUUCCAGAGGUAUAGCAUUCAUAAGUGGUUCUGGUUUUGCAAUGAAACACAGAAAACUGUGGACAUAAUACCUGACUUUAGUUAUGAGCAUACCUGAAAAUAUCUUGUAAUGGCUCAAGUGAAAUGUUUUCUUGUGUUUUCUAUUUAGUUACUUCAAUUAUGUCUUUUCUUAUCUUGGUAAUUUAUUUCUGCAGAUGAUGAAGGCACUUCCCAACUCCACAAAAUUCUUAAAAAGUGAGUCCUUAAACAAUUCACAUGUAUCAGUCUAGAAAUGGCCAUCUGAUAACACUUAGAUAAAUAGGCACAAGAGUUUGUUUUUUGUUGAAUUACCAUGCCCCCCUCGUUAGGGCACAUGGCGGGAAAGCCCAAAUGGAUGUAGAGCCAGGAUCAGCUGCACUUCCUCAUAUGGAGUGUAAACAUCAUUUUGUGGUUGCAGCAAUCGUGAGCUUUGGCAAGGUAACGCCUGAACAAAAGAUAGAGGCUGAAAGCUUUGGUAUGACAAUAUAUGCGUGGGACGAAUUCUUGGUUGUGGUACGUGAAUGUUAUUUGGUUCUUUCCAUUUGUGUUUAGAAUUCUGUGUACCACAUUGUCGUGUUCAUUUCUUCCACUGAAAAAUAAUUCAUCAAAGUGUUUUUCCUACCAUAUUUUAAUUUUCUUUGACUAGUCCUACUAUUCGCUUUUGUUGUUUAAAAUUCUUUGGGAGACUCCCGCAGAUACGAUACUAAUUUUUAUUUUCCAACAAUCAAAUUAAGCAUCCCUGUUCUGAGGGGUGGUAACAGGAAAAAUGUUUGACUCAAUUGCCUUUGGAUGUCUUUUCACUCUUGCGACUUAUCAGUUUUAUUUGACAAGAUGGUUUAUAAAAAGGUCUGACUCUAGGAGGUGUAGCUUUCAAUUUGCUUCCUUUAGAAGUCUAUCGAUAGCAUAGUUUGCUGACUAUGGACUUCGAAGUCCGAUGAUCAAAUUGGGCAUAGGAGCAAGUCCAACGUUAGAAACCCAAAGCAGUUUGGAGAGUAUAUAGUAACGUGAUUUUAUCCAGAUUGGAAAAUUUAUGUUCGUAAUUAUUUCUGAUAAGAGGGAAAAAUCUAUGACCGACGUUCUUGGGUAGUUUUUCUAAGAUAAUGCUCAUACCCAAUGGCCUCUUUUACAUUGGUUCUCAGUGGUAAAUGGGGACCCCGUGCAGGUGCAGACAUGUUGGGCCCAAUUUUUUCGGUAACCUUGGUUUUGAGAUUUCUUGUACUUUCCAGUCUCUAUGGUAAUGGAUAUGGUGGGGGAAGGGGAUAAGGUCUCCCUCAGUAAGUAUGCCUUAUCAACAUUCAUAACUAAAUCGUCAGUCUAUUUGCACGUCAAGUUUUAAGAUUCGAGGACGACUGUCUACCUGGCUUGCGUAGUUGGUUGCAUCUUUGAAGUUCUCCAAUUGGCUUUGGGUUCCUCGCUUGUUCAUUUUAAGAAUAAUCUUGAAGGCGUAGUGAUAAUAGCUCUAGGAAUGUACCAAAAACAGUCAUGGCUUACGCUAGACGAAAUGUGGCGGAAACAGUUUUUUAUACUAAUAUCGGUUGAUCUUUUUUCUAAAUAUUUGAUACAGAUUGCAGUAGAUUUUCACGUGAUGCAUUGUACUGUUUACUUUCUGGGGCAAUUCCUAUGCCGUCUUUAUAUAAUUUUCAGUUUCAGAGGAAUUUGAUUGUCAUAUAUCAGAUUGUUAAUCUCAAAUCAUAUUUUAAACAUAUCUGCAGUCGAUGAUUUAUUCAGAGUUUCUACAUUACGAUGAACAUUAAUCAACCUGAAUAUAUUUCAAUGUACAUUUUAAACGCUUUGAGUGUCCGUAGUUAUAACUUCGAUUCGUUUGGGAUUCCAUGAUUGAAGGUAAAUCAAAUUCUAAAGAAUGUCUAAAUCAAAAGCGUGAUAAUAUUUCUUAGUUUAGAAAAAGGGGAUGGUUCUCAUUAAUCCAAAAAUGAGUAAGCAAUAGUGUUUGAGCUCUAUCCGCGUGCAUUGGAUGGAAUAACUGCUAACUGUCAAAUUAAUAAUAGUUUAGGAUGGUCAAGGAGAGAGCCAAUGAAAGGGAAUGACUUUCAAUAUUAAAUGGGAGACCGUUUGGUGCUUUCAAGCUCUGUAAAUUUUUCUCAUCAUGAAAGAAAGAGAGAAAAAGAAAGCCUUUUGAUGAAUGUUGGUUAUUUUUGAGGUUGCGUCAGGUACUCAAGCAAAACUUAUUGAAUAAUAUUUCUGUUGCUCAAAAAUAAUUUAGGACACAGAACAGGGAGAUCAUAAUUUAAUUUUAUGCAUUAUUUCUCCUCACAACUGAUUUUUACACGCUUGCAUGGAGAAGUGAGAUUGGUGACAAGAGAUUUCUUCUUUCUUGAAUAAAAUCGACUGGUGAAUCCAAUUUUUAUGUUAAUCAAUCCCAUGUAUGGAAUUCAAUCAUGCCCUACUUUCUUUGUCUCGAGCUCUCCUACCCUUGCUUGUAAUUUAGAAAAGGUUUGUCAUAUUAAUCGUAAAAAGCGAGGAAAGGAAUUAUUUUCUUCUUGGAUCCUGUCUGUGAAAACGUUGCUACUUGAUGAUUACUUUGGGUUAGGAUGUAUAUUGACAUUGUUUAUUUGCACUCAUGUGAGCUUAAUUUUAUACAGGGGAAUAAUCAACAAUACGAUCUUCCAAAAUUGAACAAGACUGAUGUCUGCACAGUCAUGUAUACUAGUGGAACAACCGGUGACCCAAAGGGAGUCAUGCUCUCUAACGAGAGCAUUGUUACUCUUAUUGCAGGUGUGAAACUACUUCUUGAUCGUGUGAAUGAGCAGGUGAAAUUAGUGAUGUAUUGAUUCUUCUCUUUUUAAUUUCUUGCUUUCGCUGUCUGUCCUUUUAAUCUAAAAUUCCAUGAGGAAGGGAACCAUGUUAUGUGCUACAUCUGUUCGCACUUAUGUGAUAACAAUCCUAUUUGCCUGUUAUCUCAGCUGCACGAUGGUGAUGUCUACUUAUCAUAUCUCCCUUUAGCACAUAUCUUUGACCGCGUGAUGGAGGAGACAUUUCUUUCUUACGGUGCCUCAAUUGGAUUUUGGCGUGGGGUAAUAUCUUCUUCUGAUUUGACUCAUUCUUACUUAAAAAAUUGUCUCAUGCAUACACUUGAUUAUGGGUUGUCCCCAGAAAUGCGUGAAAGUAGAAGAAAAAAGUGAAUAUUUAGUUAUAAGCAAAUAUUUCUAGGUAUCACAAAGUAGAGGCUAAUUUAAUUAUUAUUAUUUUGGUUAAAUAUAUUAGACUCAACACCUGAAUUCAUUUCAGGCUGUAACAUGGGAACUCACCAAAACAGGGACAGUAUGAAAUUAUAGGUUUGCUCAAAUUACAAAUCACCAUUCAUGGUCAUAUUGCCAUUUACUAGUCAUAAUGUAUUUCAACUUUACAACUGCCAGAAUAAAAUAGAGUCGUUAAAAUUUAAAUUUUUUGUAGUCUUUCUAAUGUAAUUUUGGUCGUUCUUUUCAACGAAUUUAACUGGUGGAACGCGUAAAUAUCUUGAUAUGGCCCCAUAUCAAGUGGUAUACUCAGAAUAUACACUAUAUAUUUCGCAACCUGUGAAUUUUGGUGUCAUCUUUAUUUAAUAUUCUAAAUCCACGCGAUCAGCUCGUUUUUGUCUCAAAACAAGUUGCCUGUAAAUUGUAAUGCCGUGCCUUCAUGGUUUUUCAUUGGAAAUUAUAAAAUUGAAAGUUCUUUUAAGGAUAGUAAGAAGUAAAAACUAGAAAAGCAAAAAAGGCACAUGUUCUUGAUACAGUCAGUUGUUCUGCAUGCAGGACGUCAAAUUGCUGGUAGAAGAUGUCAAGGAACUAAAACCAACAAUCUUCAUUGCUGUUCCUCGCGUUCUAGAGCGGAUCUAUGCAGGUUUGAAAUUCUGUGCCUUGAUAGAUGUCAUUUCCCUCUGCUAGGUCAACUAGAGCUGAUAUCUUUUAGAAUCAGAGUCUUUUUAUUCAUCUCACUAGAUGGCACAAUUUUUCCAUGAAGUUGUUUGUCUUACACUUUUUUUCUGGAACUUUCUGUUUGGUAGAAUACAUCAUAUACCUAGAGUCUUUACUGAUGAAGUACUUUGCGAGCAAAUACCAACUCAAAAUUUGAGAAAACUUUGUAUACUUUUAAGAAUAAAUUAUCAUAUUAUAGACCUGAUAUGUAUUUUAUGUACUAAAACCAUUAAGGGACAUGAGAGGACAAUGCCAAUCUCCCUUCUGACAUCAUGUGGAUUAGAUAAAAGAAAAGAUGCCUACUUAUAUCUGGUUCAGCUUUACCAACUUCAGUUUUACCUAAUUUAGGAAUUUUUCGAGUUUAAGAGCCUAAUUAACCUUUUGAGUUUAGCAAUGUCCGUAAAUGAAGGCCCGACUUAAAACAGAGUCCUGGACUAGUCAUUCUAAAUUAGGAAGCAUAGGGUUAUUUGAAGAAGUUCCUUGGACAAAGAUCUGGAUUACGUACCCAUCCAUUAAUGGACGAUUGGCAUAAUAUUCCACGUUUAUACGGGAAAACGUCUAUUAUCGGACUUCUUGCGACCAUUUAAAUUUAUGCUCCUUUAUUCUAAAAUAUGGGCCUUAAUUUUUCUUCUGGCGGCUCUCCUUUGCGCUUAUAUAGUUAGCUUAACCACUUACAUCUGUCCCUCUGACGAUCUUCUACAAGUUGCCCCCAGUUGGGAGGAAGACUUUGAUUGAUGUUUGAGUCGAGGGGGGGGGGGGGGGGGGGGGGCGCAUUCCCAUGUGCUACGGUUUACAAUGGGCAAUACCCUUCCGCUGUUAUGGUCUGACUGUCGAGUGAAGGUUAUGGUGACAGAAGAUGUGUCUACCAGAAGCUGAAAGAGACUAGAGGGUAGAUCAAACUACUUAAUUGGUGCAGUGCCGGAACCAUGACCCGUUUUGAUCAAAAUGUGACUAGAUUACAGGAGCAGGUCGCAAGAAUCAAGAUGCAGAGAAUUACCUGAAUUGAUAGGAUGAUAAUGAGGCACGAUAGUUCUUCCAUCUAACCUAGAAUCAGUCAUUUGAAAUUGCAACAUCGGGCCCAAAACACUGGCACUGGUCCUCAUCUGUCUAGGAUUAGAGGUGUGUGAUCCUCUGGGAAGCUGGAUGUAUGGAAGCACUCUAUGCCUAAGCAGGAUGCUAACUAUUCUACAUAUCGAAACUAUUCAGUUAUUGUCAAGUGGCAAGGGUAACAAAGAAUGCUCAUGUACAGUGGUGCUGAGUGACGUACUGGGCCUUGAUUUGCGUUUCCCCUCUAUUAAUAGCAAACUCAUCGAUUUGCAGGUCUUCAGGAUAACAUUUCUUCAGGUGGCCUUUUGAAGCACACAAUAUUCAAUAUAGGAUACAAGUAGUAAGUGGAUACACAUCUCUUACUUCUUACGAGUUGUCAGCGAUAUUCUGAAAUUUUCCUUUAUUUUGUUGUCGAAAUAUAUUUUGAUCAGCAUUUAGAGUAAAUGCAACGUCAGUGUAUAGGAACAAGAACAAUGUAUUUUUUGAUUUUUUGAUCUUUCUGAGAUAUGGUAUCCUAUCUUUCUGGUGUUUGAUAGCAUCAAUUGGAACAACCAGUCGCGAGGUAUUUUCUUGCAGUCAAAUGGGUCUUUACUCGCGGGCAAGCUGACUUUAAGACAUUGACAAUGUCCUAAAGUCAGGAUAAAUGGGUCAGGUUCAGCUUGCGAGCAACUACUGGCUAUGAUGCCGUGUUAGAGUAAUCGGACCAUCCGACUCAAAAUCAAUUGAGUCUGCCCAGGCCUAUUUCUGUGAUAACCAAAAUGAGAAUAAUGUUGACAAAAUUUUUGAUAAAUGAUUGAAGUUCUUGCUAAGCAUUUUAGAAGUCACUCACCCCACCCACUGUAUUUAUUCUAAGUGUUGGAGGUAUUGCAGUAAACAACAUCACAUGAGGAAGGGUAGCAAACAUUCAGAUGCAGCUAGAAUUUUUGACAAGAUUGUGUUUAGUAAGGCAAGGAAAAAAUAGCCUCAUCUCCGUCACUAAUUCUUCUAUGCAUCUUAAAGCAUACGUUCUAAGCUGUACGAGUCUCUAUUUUGACAGGUCAAAGAAGGACUAGGAGGUAAUGUUCGAAUUAUUUUAUCUGGGGCAGCUCCUCUACCCAACCAUGUGGAAGAUUUUCUACGAGUAGUCUCAUGCUCCCAUGUCAUGCAAGGCUACGGUAUGAAACAGCUACAUCGUAGCCAAUACUUCUUCUCUGUGGGAAUUGAACCAGGGUUCCUUGUCAAAACUUGUGAUCGAGGGCUCUUUUUUUGUUCUUCUUCAUUCUAUGGACGUAUGAAUCAUGUCAUCACUCGUAUAAGUUCUUGGGGAGAAAAUGAUUGAUUUACUCUCAUUCUCUGGCCAGGUUUGACAGAAACCUGCGGCGGCACAUUUGUUUCUCUACCCGAUGAAUAUUCCAUGCUGGGGACUGUCGGCCCCCCGCUGCCAAACGUAGAUGUGCGCCUUGAAUCUGUCCCAGAAAUGGGAUACGAUGCUCUGUCUGGCAUCCCUAGCGGAGAGGUCUGCAUCAGAGGAAAGACCCUGUUCUCGGGAUACUACAAAAGAGAGGACCUUACGGCGGAGGUCAUGAUCGAUGGAUGGUUUCACACAGGUCUGAUGUAGAUAAUUUUUCUCUCGGUAGUGGAGAUGAAGUCCUGGUAAAAUGGUAGGCCACGACUUUCCCACGGGUUGACCUUGAAUCUGAUGCAUGAACUCGCUUGGAUCCUUGAACGCAGGAGAUAUCGGUCAAUGGCAGGCAGAUGGGAGUCUCAAAAUUAUUGAUCGUAAGAAGAAUAUUUUCAAACUAUCGCAAGGGGAGUACGUAGCAGUGGAAAAUCUUGAAAACAUCUACGGUUCUGCGUCUGGAAUUGACUCGGUACGCCCUGCAAAUCAAAACCCCUUUGGAUUAUCAUUGAGCGGAUCAUCGAUUUCUCCAGCAAUAAUCUGUGCGAUGUGCUUGGGGUCCGACUCCCCGUAAUCAGUGGCCUCAUAUAGUGUGAUGAUCACCCAACUGCUUCAUGUCAAUUUGCUACCAGAAACGCAGAUGGGAAAGAAGAAAAUCCUUUCAGAGAGAAGAAAAUGGCUUCCUUUUGCAAAGUUCACUCCCCCCCUUUCUCUCUAUGGGCCUUCCAUCAUUUCCUAGCAAUCGCUAUGGACCCUCAUAUCGUCUUUCCUAUGCCGUUGUGUUGCCUUGAAAGGCUGGAAAAGUGACUGAGGGUAAGCGACGUCUCUGUUACUCCCUGACCAUAUUUCUAAUCUUGGCUCAGAUAUGGAUAUACGGGAGCAGCUUUGAAUCUUUCCUUGUUGCCGUGGUGACCCCGAAUAAGCAAGCGCUUGAACGCUGGGCUGAGGAGAGCGGAGUCCCUGGUGAUUUCUCUUCUCUGUGUGAGAACCACCUCGUGAAGGCACAUUUUCUUGGGGAGCUUUCAAAGACUGCAAAAGCAAAGAAGGUGAUUGACAGAUUGAUCGCAGUCAUCGAUUCGUACUUAACCGAUUCACACCAAACUUUUCCUGCUUUUCACAGAUAAAGGGCUUUGAGUUCAUCAAAGCUGUUCACCUUGACCCGGUUCCAUUUGACAUAGAGCGCGAUCUCAUUACCCCAUCGUUCAAGAAGAAGAGGCCACAGCUGCUGAAGUACUACCAGGUAACCUGCUACUUGCCUUCUGGGUUCUUGUAUGAGUGCGCCACCAAUCCUCCAUAACUGCUGGAUUCUCCUUCUUCCACGCCAGUCAUUCUGAAAUGGCUUACAAAACGAUAUUUUGCCACCAUUCUCACCCUCUUCAUCACCAUCUCUACUGCCAUGCCUGUUCCUCUGGUCUUUCCUCGAGAACUAACUGCAUCAACCGGUGCUUCAGAGUGCAAUUGACAACCUCUACAGAAGUGCCAAAUGA